AUGUGGAGUUGGUUUGGAGGGGCAGGAGCCCAAGCGAGAAGAGAUGCACCAAAGAACGCCAUCCUGAAGUUGCGACAGCAACUGGACAUGUUACAGAAACGAGAAAAGCACCUGGAAAGUCAGAUGGCAGAGCAAGAUGCCAUAGCCAGAAAGAACAUAUCCACCAAUAAAACCGCCGCAAAAGCUGCUUUGCGACGGAAGAAGCUGCACGAAAGAACGCUCGAACAGACGUCGGCACAGAUCGCCCAGAUUGAACAGCAAAUCUACUCCAUUGAGGCUGCCAACAUCAAUCAAGAGACUCUCAACGCCAUGAAGAACGCGGGCGCGGCUAUGAAACAGAUCCACGGUAAUCUGACCAUCGACAAGGUGGACCAGACAAUGGACGAACUACGUGAACAACAUGCUCUCGGCGAAGAAAUUGCCAAUGCCAUUACGAAUGCACCCAUCGGCGAGCCUAUCGACGAGGCAGAUCUUGAAGAAGAGUUGGAAGGCCUGGAACAGGAGGCCAUGGAUGAGAGAAUGAUCAGCACUGGCCCAACGCCCGUCACAGGGGAAGUUAGCAGGCUACCUGCCGUCUCAAAUGCUCCGAUCAAGCAAACAUCGCAAGAAGAAGACGAAGAGGAAGAGUUGAGAAGAAUGCAAGCAGAAAUUGCGCUGUAG